UUGCAACUACAUUAUUCUCAAACUACCUCUAAGAACAAACAAACAAACAAACAAAUAAAACAAAAACAAAAACAAAAACAAAAAACCCUUAGCUUUCUAAUAUAGAGAAAUGGCCUACUCUAUGAUGAGCACCACAAAUCACAAGAGAAGAUGUGUAAUGUCAUCUAAGAUUGAAGUUGAUGGUUCUUCUUUCGAGUCGAGUGAUUGGAUCAAUUUAGACCUUGAAGAUUUUAUAGACGACAAUGAUUAUUAUGACAUUGAAGAUAAUUCCAUCUUUUCUUCUAAUUUCGAAACCUCCUCAAAUUUGAUAUCUAAGAAGAGAAAAACCAUGGAGCCGGCUUAUGUAGAUCAUGAUUUGGAGGAUACUGCUAGUUCACCUGUUCAAAGUCCUAAGGUUAAUCAUUUGAACGUUUUCUACAUGAACUCAAAAGAGAUGGAUAGUAGAGAUAUUUCCCAGAUGCCGGGAAACGGAGAAACUCCAGAGCAGGCAGGAGAUAGUACAAACACGAGUUCCCUAGAGACAGAACUACGAAAAAAGGGACUUUGUUUGAUCCCUACUUCUAUGUUACUAAACUACCUCAGUUCAAAUGUUUAAAGACAUAUAUUAUAGCUUUAAUUGUUAGUGUAGCUUGAUCUUCAAGUAAUCUAGUAGAUGUAUAUGUUCAUUUGUACUGUUAAGGUGAUAAUUUGGGAGGAAGAGAUCGAUCGAUCGAGCUUAAGAUGGGACUUUUCGAUCUGUAUGUUGUAAUUGAAGAAUAGGAUGGGAUGAUGCACAUAAUGUAAGAAUUAUAGGGAGUACGGCCAUGUUCUCUAGCCAUGUAUAACGUGUAAAAUUAGGUUAAUUAAAUUAAUAAUGUAGUUGUAAGAUAUUAAGAUAUGAACAUAAUUAUAUUGUUUUGCUACUGCAAAUUUUUGUUGACAUUGACAUUGUAAA